GUGUCAUCAACUGGAAGCAACUUAUGGAUUACAACCAACACUGAAUGUAAGCAUUGAAGAGAGUGUAGCUAUGUUUCUACGUAUAUGUGGGCACAAUGAAGUUCAGCGAGAUGUUGGAUUACGAUUUGGUCGAACUCAAGAAACCGUGAAGAGGAAAUUUUUUGAUAGCAACAGAGUUACUUGCUUGUGACUAUAUCCACACUCCAACACGGCAAGAACUCCAUAGGAUUCCCGAAAGACUUAUGGAUGGAAAAUAUUGGCCAUUUUUUAGUGGAUUUGUUGGAGCGAUGGACGGGGUUCAUGUGUGUGCGAAGGUCAAGCCAGAGUUACAAGGAAUGUAUUGGAAUCGACAUGAUAGAACAUCAUUUAAUAUCAUGGCCAUUUGUGAUAUAAAUAUGUUGUUUACAUAUGUUUGGAAUGGAGCCCCAGAAUCUUGUCAUGAUACAUCAGUUCUUACGAUGGCGCAAAACUAUGAUCCUGAAUUUCCGUUACCACCACCGGAUAAGUAUUAUGUUGUUGACUCUGGCUAUCCAAAUAAACAAGGUUUUCUUGCUCCAUAUAGAUCUUCACGAAACAUGGUCGUUCGAUAUCAUAUGUCACAAUUUGAAAAUGCUCCUCCUCCUCGGAACAAGCAGGAAUUUUUUAAUCGUUGGCAUGCAUCUCUGCGUUCGGUUAUUGAAAGGACAUUUGGAGUUUGGAAAAAGAAAUGGAGGAUUCUUUGUGAUUUUCCAAGAUAUAAUAUUGAAGUGCAAAAAAGAGUGGUAUUGGCUACAAUGGGUCUGCAUAAUUUUAUUAGAAUUUCGAAUUUUGUGGAUGAUGAUUUUGCAGAAAUAAUGGGACAAACACAUAUUGGAAACACCGAAGCAGAGAUUGAUACAAAUGAGAUGAAAACACCAGAUAUAGCUAACGGGGAUUUGAUGAAUAAUAUCAGAGAACAAAUUGCAAAUUUACUAUGAGCAAAUAAAAAUACUAUGUGAUAUGUUUUACAAAUGUUGUAUUUAAAUUUAUGUUAUUUUUUUAUAAUAUAUUAUGUAUUUGUUGCAUUAAUUUUUUUAAUAAAAGACAAUAUCUGAAAAUUAAAUAAAAUUUUUUACAUUUCAAAUUAUAAUUUGAACCACCUUUUAUCCGCUUUCACCAUUCAAACAAAUAUUUUAAACCAUUAGAUCCGCUUGAUCCGCUCUUGUUCCGCUAGAUCCGCUAGAUCCACUCUCGUUCUACUAAAUCCGCUAGAUCCGCUAGAUCCGCAACGCUUGAUCCGUUUUUUUCAUUCGGAGCCUCAGAGGCGGAUCCAUGUGUAUUAAUGGUGGGUCAGCUGACAUCCUUUAAAUAAUAAAAGUCCAAUUUGUUAUAAAAAAACUGUUAAGAGUCGAUAGUUCUAUUGGUAAAAUCUUCAAAACUAACACCCAUAAAUUCGGAUUCGACACCACAUGACAUCCAUUUUACUUGUUUUUUGCUAUUUAAAGCUCAUUAACAUUUUUUGACCCAUGUUAAAAAGAAUUCUGGAUCCGCCACUGGUUAAACAUCAGUCUGCAUAUAUAAAAUAUUUAUCCAGUAUGCAUCCAGUGAACACAAAAUACAUGAAACUUAUAAUAUUCAAAAAUAUGUAUAGAAUUCAAUCAUAUUGGAGCUAAUGGAGUCAGUUCUGUAACGAAAAGAUAUUCUGUUUCUAAAUAGUUUAUCCAUUUAUCUUUCUUUCUUUUUUCGUAAAAUGUUAAAUUUAUUAUACCAAAUUUUGAUUUUUGAUAGAUUUUACGAGAGAUAACUAGUAGCAGAUUUACAUAAAUUAAACUAAACAAACGAUGCAAAACACAACAACUUUAACUAAGACCGAAAUUGAAUGACUAGAGACGGAAACCAACGAGAUGAGCUCGAACCAGGGAAUAUGGAAAGGACCGCAAAGGACGAGCCGGUUGCCACGAGACCGAGAGAAAAACGCCUUCAAAUCUUGAUGCUACGAGUCUUACAGCUUCUGAAACACCAGCAGAACACAAACCACUCCAAGAAUCACGAGCACAAGCUCACUAACCCAACUGACCUUCUACCGCUGGUGCAUUUAUCUUCAUGACCAUUAUGAUGCCUGCUGUUUAUUCUACUAUCCAUACACAUCACCUGCAUGGUUAAAACAUAUUUGUGGAUGUGCUAUAUCAAAUUUUGAAUGUGCAAGACAUAUUUUCCUCCACUUACAAAAGCAAUCAUAUGCCUUAAUAGAUAGUGAUUAUCGUUUGAGUAACGUUGUUAAAAAGUAUUAAGAAAAAUAAUAAUUAAGAGUAUUAGUUCUAAAAAAAAGGAAUAUUGCUAAUAAUUUCUUUUUGUUAAAAAGAAUAUUGCUAACGACCCUACAUUCCUAUGUCAAUUAAUUAAGUGGAAAUUUAGUGGAUCACUCGUUAACUAUCAACCCAUUGCGGUUAAUGGAAUAAAAAGAGCUCUAUCCCACUGGUUAAUAUACUAAUGGAACAUUAGUAUACAAGACUUCAGACUAGUCUAUUAUUCUUGCAUACGACCAUUUCUUCUCUACUAUUUAAUAUUCUCCUAAAUGAUCUGCUACAUGUUCUUUAUUUGCCAUCAUUUGAUCAUUCUUCUUAGCUAAAGUUUUUCCUUGUGCUUUCUCAGUUUAACUUUAGAUCAUUUUGGGAUAUAAAUUUUCAUACCGGUUGGGAAAUUGAGUUACUAUAAGGUGUCUCUUAUCUUAGACAAAUCACUAAGUGUGUCGUGUCGUUUAGCUUAUACGAAAAAUUAAAUGUAGUAUCAUAUCAAGUGUAGUAUUUGUUUACUACGCAUUCAGUUGCAACGGAAGCAGGAGUAUGGCUAGGGAAUUUUUUAAUAAAGCUCAAUCUCUUCGUACUUUAAGAUGAUCUUAUCACGAAGAUAGUUUUUCCUCAUAGAUUCUAGUUUGGUCUUUAUAGAAAUUUACAUAUAACAGUAGUCGAUUAGCAUAAAUCCAGAUCUUGAUAGUGCGUGUGUGUAUCUAAUGCAGCAACCAAUAUUAUCAUGGAGAAUGUUAAUUCUAUAAAUGUCUUAAAUCUCCGUGUUCCCGUAAGUAUAUAUUUCUAAAUUUAAAAUUGUCUAGUUAAAAAUAAUCAUGCCUUCAGUAAAAAAAAAUAU